AACCUGACGAGAUCAUGUCAGCCAUGGAAGCAUUCAGGGCAGGGAGAUUCAGGGGAGUAUACAGUUCUGGGCAGUUGUAUGUCGCGCCGGUGGGAUUGCAAUGUGUGGACGGAAGGGCUCGGAGUUUUCCUUCCCAUCAGCCUGAACCUGAAGGUGGACUCGAUCUGACGAGGUUACACGGUCCGCUAUCUCGGAAGUAGGCUGGCUGGUCGUGUGCACCGCGGUGCGUGGUACCGUUCUGUACCGUUCUCCCUUCCUUUCCAGAAUUCUCUUGUUGACGAGGCCCGUGGUUCGUGCGCAGCUAUGGCGGUUACAGAUAUGGAUGCGAUGGCUGCCAUAGUGCGGCAUCCAUCGAAGGAUGGUCUGUGCUUAGGAACGCCGCGCAUCGCUGGCGCUUGGCAUCCAUGAUGCAAGGACCGAUCGACUGACUGGUGAUGGACCAGUCCUGGGAAACCAGUCUAUCACAAUGUACUGUAGGACUGGGAGCCGCAUGGUGUGGGUGCUGCCGCAUGGCCAUGACUGAUGACGACCUGUCCAUGACUCAUGACUCAUGACUCAGGUUGAACCUGGAGGCAGCAUCAUGCUCAUAGCCUGAUGCCAUGCCAUCCCUUCACACACACACAAUCCGUCCAAAUGUCAGAAGAACCAUUAGCCCUUACAUAAUUGCCCCUAACAUCCCUUUCUUGCCAGAACGUCUGGUAUCACAGCAUGAGCUCUUAUUACAUCACGGCCUAGCCUCAGCUAGAGCUCUCACCCUUCACCCCCUUGUACGAACCACGCCCUUACGAUGUCGCCCUUGACUCUUGUAUCAUUCUAGGCCCGCCUGGAGCAGAUUCCACGCUCUACGCCACGCCCUUCCCGUUCCCUCUAGUAGUUCCCCCCUAGUAUUCACUUCUUUCCUACUCUGAGUUGUCUCAGCUGCAUCUAGCAGGCGGAACCAGAGCCUAGUACUAGUCCGACUCCAGCUGCCGUUCGUUCAGCUGCCUUCUUUUGACUGAGCUCCACGCUGCACGCAACCGUUGCUCGUGACGAGCAACUGUCUCGCCGGCGCUACAAUCUGAAGCGCCAUUUAUUCCUCGGCGACUCGCUACGGGUCCGAAUCGGAGCUUCGGCUGACAAGCUCAAGAAGCUGCUCGAACGACUCAGAAAGAUUCUCCGAUUCCGGCGAUUCGUUUCAUUCGGCCAAAAUUCAGGAGAUGAUGGGUCAGGCGCGAUGCGAUGAUGACAAGCCACGGCCUCGCAGGAAUCAUGAUGGUUCCUCUGACAUCAGCAGCAGCAUCCAUCAGCAGCUUGCCACGUCACGGCCGAAUCACGCUGCUGUUACGCCCCGGGCCAUGUCAAGCCAUUCACUCGCAAGCCCUCCGUCAACACAUCGACUUCCCCAAGAUUGCGGUACUACUACUACCCUCAACGCCGCCUUGAAGCAGCGAAACUUCCAUUCCGGCGACGAUACUAAUACCCAAGAUUCCACCACUGAAGCCUCGGCGGCAUCAAGCCGCGUCUCCUGCUGGUGCGUCUACCCGACGAGAUCCAACGCGUACUGGCGCAAGUCGCUGCAAGCAGGGGACGAUGGCGCCGACGUCGCAGGUGGUCCUAAAACGUGUGCGUGCUCGGACGCGGCUCGCGCGUGCGACCCCGAUUGGGUGGACGACGCGCGGUCGCGCAUUCGUCGCGCCGCGCUGGAGGUAAUCGAGGCGCAUAAGAAAUUCCAGGAGCACGACAGGAGGGUAAGUAGGGCGGAGCAUGAAUCGCGGCUCAGAAGGCUAACCUACUCUGACGAAGCUGCCAGCUCCAGUGGAGACGCUACUACUGUGUCGGGAUCUAUCCGCGAUAGUAGCAUUUGUUCGUGGAGCAAAACUAGCAGCAGAGCGAGCAGCAGACCCAGCAGCAGAGCAAGCAGCAGAAUGAGCAGCAGAGCGAGCAGCAGGAGCAGCGACUGGCCAGAUUUUCCAGCACUGGAGUUCUACCAAGCAACAGAGCAGAACGACGGAAAUUCACUAACAGAACGAAACAAUAACAGAGAUUGUAGUAACAGUAAGGUCUGUCGAGGAAGAAGGCGGCUAGUGGGGACUGCUCGAUGGCUGUCCGAAAUGGUUUCUGCUAGCUUCACCAUGCCGAAACUCGCCUAGGGGGUAGUUGAGGGGAGGCACACGAGAUGAAACCGAAGUACUUACGUGUAAAAUAUGACUGAAUGUAUAUGCAUGCACCU